UUGACACAGUUUAUCACGCGAACAAUGUUAUCGAUUGUUCGCUCAUUUAUUCAUGUUGAACGAUGAAGAAGGCCUUUACUAUUUUUUUAAAUUCGUUGGCAGUUGAAUUAAGCAUUUUAAGGAAUACUCUUGUUUGAAAGUUGACGGAACAAUACGUCAGAUAUAAAUGCACGAAUCCGAUGAAGAUUUGUUAGAAAAACAACUCAAAAUUGUUUUAGUUGGUGAUUCUGGAGUAGGAAAAACAAGUAUAGCAACUAAAUUUUGCCAUGAAGAAUUUUCACGGCAAUAUUCACCUACCUCAGGAAUAGAUUUUUUUAAAAAGACUAUUUCUUUGGGUCCAUAUAAAAAUGUUAGUCUGCACUUUUGGGAUGUCAGUGGUCUUGCUCUACAUAGUAAAAUGUUAGAUAAAUAUCUUUAUAGCGCAAAGUUAAUUUUCUUAGUAUAUGAUGUGACAAAUACCUCCAGUUUCGAUAUACUUGAAGAGUGGAUCACAACUAUCACCAAGAUCAAUGAUACUGAUGAAAAUGAUUCGUUAAUGGCUCUCAUUGGAAACAAAUGUGAUGUUGAACAUCAAAGAACUGUUAAACGAGACAAAUCACACAAAUUUGCGGCAGAUAAAAGACUCGUUAAUUAUGAUAUGUCAGCAAGAACUGGUGAAUCGGUAGCGUUGACUAUUGCAACUCUUGCUGCAAAAGCAUUAGGUGUACAAUUAACUAGAGUGGAUCAAGAUUCACAUAAAGCAAUAAUAACAGCAGAAAUUGGUGAUAAUGUUGAUAUGACAUCAGUACAAAAAGUUGUCAAGAAAUUACCUAAUAAAAAAUCAUAUCAAAAUAACAAUUAUCCAACUCUUCCAUUAUCGAAAUCUGCAGUAUGCUCACUGCAAUAAAGUCAAACACAUGAAAUGGAAUUACACAGUGCCUUAAUAUACGUACAAUAUUUGAUAAUUAAGUACACAUAAGUUUUACAUAAUAAAAAAUAAAAUAAU